GGAAACAGCAAGGCUGAAUCGCCGGGUUGAUCUUCACUGUAGUAAACUUCACUACAAACCUACACAAUGGCAAGCCAGAGGAAAUUUUUCGUGGGAGGCAACUGGAAGAUGAAUGGGAACAAGCAAAGUAUUGACGAAAUAGUCAAAUUUCUCAAAGCAGGCCCAUUGUCAGAAAACACGGAGGUUGUGGUUAGCCCCCCAAGUCUGUAUUUGGAGUAUGUUCAGCAGAGCCUUGGUGGUAGUGUUGGAGUCGCCGCACAGAAUUGCUACAAAGUGCCUAAAGGAGCAUUUACUGGUGAAAUAAGCCCUGCCAUGAUCAAAGACGUGGGCUGUCAGUGGGUGAUUCUAGGACAUUCAGAAAGAAGGAACGUGUUUGAGGAAUCAGAUGAGCUUAUUGGACAGAAAGUGGCCCACGCCUUGUCAGAAGGACUUAAGGUGAUUGCUUGUAUUGGAGAGAAGUUAGAAGAGAGAGAGGCAGGCAAGACAGAAGAGGUCAUCUUCAAACAGAUGCUUGCCAUUGUUCCUAAUGUGAAGGACUGGAGUCAGGUGGUAAUAGCAUACGAGCCAGUCUGGGCUAUAGGCACAGGGAAGACAGCCUCUCCAGAACAAGCCCAGGAGGUGCAUCAGUCUCUCAGGGCAUGGAUCGCCAAAAAUGUCGCCCCAGAUGUGGCUGCAGCUGUCCGCAUUUUGUACGGAGGAUCAGUGAACGGUGGGAAUUGUAAAGACUUGGGUUCCAAGCCAGACAUUGACGGAUUUCUCGUAGGCGGAGCAUCCCUUAAACCAGAAUUCGUACAAAUCGUCAAUGCUAGAUCAUGAAUCUAGGACUUGAAUAUUUAAUAUGCUUUUUGCUUAUUUACGCAUACCAAUGUAUUAUGUAUCCUCUACAUGUAUACCAGUGAAUUGUAUUCUAAUACAAGUGUGGACAAAAUUUGCCUUUCUAGAUGUACCAGUGUUAAGGCAAUUUUAAAUGAGGUGUACUUUUACACACAUGGAAAGAUAGUUUUGAAUGCAAUUUGUUUCCCUAAAUUAUGAUAAUUUAGUGUAGAAAAGAAAAAUUCAUUGCCUUCAAAAGAAGGCUUGAUCUUUGCCAUCUGUCUAAAAACAAUUCACAGAAUUAGAGUUUGUGAAUUAUCCAUGCUUCACAUCAAGUAACUGUGAAAUUUUGGUGGAUGACUUGUGAGGAUAGACUGGAAUAUCGUGAUCAUGCAGUAAGUUUCAAUCAGUCUUUCAUCUGUGCAGAUAUGUUUAUGUGUGAACUGUGUAACAGUUACUACUGUUAAAUUGACGUAAUUGGCUAGGAUUGAGUGAAGAAAAGUUACAUGUUGGUUGAUGUCAAGCUUUGGUGUCAUUAGAAGUAUUUUAGAUUUGAAACGAGCUAUUAACGUAAUAAACUUUGGUUCCUAGCUAAAAAGAUGAUUUUCUACAUUUUAUUUAAGCUGAUAGAGGCAGCAUAAUUUGAUUUUGACAUGGGAUCUGUAAAAACACUUUAAGGCACUAAGAGUGCAUGGAUUAUGACUUGAAUGAAGCCAGACACUUAACUGUGGAAAGCUCGUACAUGGUUUUAACGUAAAUUCUUCGGAAACCUCUACCCUGUGGGGUGACAACUCAAGUUUUCUUUGCUGUAGGCUUUCUAACGCAUCUUCUAGUCCCCAUUUUAUCCAAACUUUCCCACUGAUUGCAAUUGUUGUUCAUUAAUUAUUUAAAUAUUGUACAUGUCAUAUUAAUG